AUGGCGGAAAGUAGGUGGUGGGUGUCGACAUGGCGGUGGAACGAGGGGCUGGGUUGGUGGCUGCUUGCGGCCGUCGGCUUAGGGCCUGAGCCGUGGGUUCUUUUGAUUCCACGAUCCGCGACCCCGUUUGCGUUUCCACUUGAGAUCUUGAGGGUUCUUGUUGUUCUGGGUAGUGGAAGAGCGAGAAGAAAAGGUUGUGGCCAAGUGAUGAACUCGAAUACUCCGUCGUCGAGUGCCGGAGGAGCUGGAUCGGCCGAGCCGACGGCGCCUAGAAGAAAUUCCAAGCGGCCCAAAUAUUCAAGGUUCACCCAGCAAGAACUACCUGCUUGCAAGCCUAUUCUCACUCCUAAAUGGGUGAUCUCUACAUUCUUGCUUGUUAGUGUUGUCUUCAUACCAAUCGGAGUUGUAUCUCUUCUUGCUUCACGAGAUGUUGUUGAAAUUGUACAUCGAUAUGAUGCUGAAUGCAUUCCUGUAGGAUCAAGAAACAACAGGGUUGGGUUUAUUCAAAGUUCUCGAGACAAGACGUGCAAUAGAACUAUUACAGUUCCAAAGCAUAUGGGGCAACCAAUUUAUGUGUAUUACCAGCUCGACAAUUUCUAUCAGAAUCACCGCAGAUAUGUGAGGAGCCGAAAUGAUCAGCAGUUGAGGAGUCCCGGGAGUGAGCGUGAAACAAGUUCUUGUAGUCCAGAAGACACCACACCCGAUGGGAACCCUAUUGUUCCUUGUGGUCUUAUAGCGUGGAGUUUGUUUAAUGACACUUAUGGAAUUACUCGCAAUAACCAGGAAUUGGCCAUAAACAAGAGAGACAUAUCUUGGAAGAGUGAUAGGGAUCGCAAGUUUGGAGAUAAUGUCUUCCCCAGAAACUUCCAGAACGGUACCCUUAUAGGUGGUGGUAGUCUUAAUGCGUCAAUACCAUUGAGUCAGCAAGAAGACCUCAUUCGUGGUGGCUUUGGGCGGCGCGGCGGCAGAGACGGCGAGCGUUCUCGACGCCAGAAAGCGAGCUCCGAGCAGCAUUUUGUGCCUUUCGGCUCAGCAAGUGUCCUGUUGGCUGAAUUCUAA